ACCUUUCUAUACUAUUAUAUAUCCCAUGGAUAUUUCACACCUGUUAAAUUUUGUUUACAUCUAAUGUUGUUACUGAGAUCAUGUAUUUAAAAAUGUAAUAAACAGUUAUGCCAUUUGUUACUUCUGUGUUGCAGUAUAAUUAUUUUCUUCUAAAUCUAACAUAGUAUUAAUAAUGACGCAAUCAUGUACUAUAUUUUAUAAUUUUAUACUUUUAAGUAAUAAAUAGUUCUACAGUCUAAACUGUAAAUAAUGGCUAGAUACGUAUAAACAUAUUUGUAAAUAUUAUAAUGGCAUUUUCUCUACACAUGGGCACUAAAUGGUGUCACGAUUUUCCAAAAUUGGCAAGAGAAUCAGGUUUUUACUUCAAUAGACAUAAAUCUAAAGUACGAAUAGAUUGGAAUCGUAUAAGUAGCAUAGAUAUAAAUCAAAUUAUAAGGGACAGAGAUUUUUAUACCAUUGAUGACAAUAUAAAUAAUGUUAUAGAUUAUUGCCUAGAAAGCGAAUACGAUGUUAAAAUUUUAGAUCCAAACUUUGUAAAAAUAUUCCACCUUGCUCAACUAGCAGUUGAAUAUUUAUUAUAUUGCAAACAGUACUUGGAUCAUAGUGUAAUAAUUUUAAAAGAUGAAUUGAGAUCAAAAAUAGAAGAAAAUGUUAAAUUAAAAAAAGAAGUAACUACUUUAGAAGAAACAAUAAAAAGUUUAAAAGAAAAAACCAAAGAGCGGAACAGAUUAAUAGAAACUAAGCUUGGAGAUAGUAAUGGUGAAAUUUAUAGAUGUCCUCAUUGUCCAAAAUCUUUUAUAUCUUCUAUGUUUGUAAGUGCUCACAUUAUACGUCGCCAUGCAUAUGCAUCAGAUUCAUAUAUGCCUGCAUCUCCUAUGCAUGAGCAUUAUCGAAGUGAAACUGAAAAAUUACAUAAUGAAAUAAAAAAUUUGAAGGAAAGAUUAAAUGAAACAGAAAAAGUAAUACGAAAUGAGUCUGAAAAAAUUUCUGAUCAAAGAUUAGUAGAAUAUGAUAAAAAGCAGCCUGUACAAGAAGCUGAUAAUUUAAAAAAUAGCACUAAUAAAUUUGAUGAAUAUCAAGGGUACAAAGGAUAUCAAGAGGAGAUAAAAAAUCUGAAAACUAUGCUAUUUGAUGAAAUACAUAAUUUACGACAAAAAGAAAAAACUGUGUAUGAACACAAUGCUGAAACAAAUGUGCAAACAUUGAUAAGUCAACAAGAAAAAGAGUUUCAAAAAUUGAAAAAUCAACUAUUUGAAAAAUUAAAUCCAGACAUAGAAAGUGUGCACGCAAAAUUACAUGCCCAAGAAAAUUAUUGGAAAUCAAAGAUACAACAGUUGGAAAAUCAACAUCAUAAAGAUGUUGAAAAAUUAGCCAUGGAAUUGAAAUUAACACAAAAAAUAGCUGACAACAUGAAAGCUGAAUAUGAAUCUAAAGUUAGCAAUUUAGAACGUCAAGCUGCAAAUCAAUCAAAUAUUUUAACUGAACAAAGUAAACAAUUACAUUCCUUAUCAAAUGAAAUAAAUGUUUCACAAUUACAUGAAAAGAGUAAUGACUCUGAGAACAAUUUGCCAAAAAAAUACGAUCAAUCUAUCAUAUUGAAUCAACCUAAUGAGACUAAGAAGAAACCAAAUGAAAUUGAUUUUAAGAAGAAAGCCUUUUUGGAUGCAAAAAUUCACCAAGUUGAUGUUGGAAAUAUUAGUAGUUUAAUUAGUUCAAGCCCAAUAAGUAAAGAAAUUCUACUGGUAUCAGAAAAUAAAUUACCAAAGAAUGUACAUACUUUGAAAUCUAGAACUCAAACCAUCAUGUGUGAAAAUAAAAAAAGUAUUAAAGCAGAAAAUACAGAAGAUAUAAAAAAAGGAAAGUUUUAUAAUGAAAAUAAAACAAGAGAUACGUCAGAAUCAGAAGAUUCGAUAUUGGAAACAGAGUAUGAUUAUGAAGUAAAACGAAAAGAACAAGAUUCCGAGUUAGUUAGAAAACCUAACAUAAAUGAACGUAAUAUACAUAAGCAAGGAAGUUCUUCGGGUAGAAACAUUUCGCAAGACAUCCUGUCUCACGUAAAAAAUAACGAAAAAUUUAAAAUUCCACCAGAUAAUCUUUCUUCUGCAACAAACUCAGAAUCAUAUACUUCCGAUUCACAUACACUUUCAGAAUCGGAAAGUAUUACUACAAUUCAUAAUAAUUAUCCAUUGCAUAAACAUACAACACAUACAUUAAUUUCAUCAAAACCUAAAAAAGUAGUAGAACAUGAUUCAUUAUCUAAAAAGCUAGGGAUAAAUUUAAGAGACGUAUUUGAGCAGAAAUUACGUGAUUUAGGAAUAGAUCCUGAAUGGCAGGGAAUACCAAAAGCAACUUUUAAACAAAAAAUGGAUAUUUUAAAACAUCAUGAAAAAAUUGCUGCGAAGAAAUUGCCAAACUAUCCUCAAGUAAAAUUAAAAAUAAUUAAAGAAAUUAUUCGUAAAAUAUCCAAGAAGGAAAAAGCAAUAGAAAAUUUUAAGUAUUCUAAAAAGUCGCCUUCGCAUACAUUUACAACUAAUGUUAAGCAAACGGCAGUAAAGGCAGCCGGUGACAAUAAAUAUCUUGGUCAUGCUUCUACUCUGCAAGAUAAAAUAUCAAAUAACAUCAAUUCCACAUUAGAAAGUGAAGAUUCCCUUCAAAGUACAAUCGACAGUGAAUCGCCUAUUAAACCUGCAAAACCCCCAAGCAUUAAGAAUACAGAAAGAUUAGUAGGAGUUUCUCCAAAUUUGACGAAAUCUUUAAAAAAUGUUCAUCAUGUAAUGAGCUUUCAAGAAUCUCCAAUACAAAAGAGUUCAUUCAGCAAAAUAAAACAAUUGAAUGCAACACUAUAUGAUAAGGAUGUAUUAAAUAGUACAUCUAUGGAGAAUAAUAGUGUCAAUCAUUCAAACGUAGAACAAGAAUUACAAAAUGUUCCAGCAUCUCCAAAACAUAAUAAAAGUGUUCUUAAGUCUACUACUGGUUCAACAAGUAGUUUAAUGAAAAAAAAAGUUAUAUUUGAUUUAAGAAAUGAGAAAGAUAAAGAAUCAGUAUCUGAUUAUGAUAUAAAGAAAGAGGAAUCAUUUUCUGAAUAUGAUGCUAGGAGAGACGAGUUAAACGAUAGUAACUGGAAUACUCCAAGUGAUUUUGAUGAACAAAGACACCAUACUGUAAAAGAAGCUUAUAAACAGUCAGAUAACAUUAUAUUGAGAACUGCUCAGAGUGAUAAAAUAGCUGAAAUAUCAAGAAAACUUGAAGCACAGUUAAAUAUGGUAAGACAAAAACCAGUGGGAUCAGUUGAAACAAUAUUUUCUUCAACAUUUAAACAAAGUAAAGAAAAUCGAGAAAAAGACAUUGAACACAUAAGUGGUACCAGCAUAAAUUCUUUUUUAGAGAGUUCAUUUAAGACAUCGAACUCUAAACUGAUAGAUGAUUCAGGACCAUCAUCACGCAGUGUGAACCAUAAAAUAUCUGAAACUUUAUAUGCAGAAUCUGUAUCAGACGUAUCAGAUUUGGAUUCUGAUAUAGAUAAAAUUUUAAAAUUAGAAUAACUAUAAACAAAUAUUUAUAGAAUGAGUUUAUUUAAAAUCUUCAAGAUCGUACAAAUGUGUUUUACUGUUUGUAUAAAAAAAGAAUUAAUUUAGAACGUUUUGUAUAAAACAAUGACAGUAUUAUUGUAUGCUAAUUUCUAAUUGUAUUUAAUCUAGUCUUUAAUACCAAAGUAUAGUUAUAACAUAAUAUUAAGUCAAGAUCAAAGCUUUAUGUAUUACACAAAACUUUAUUUAUAAAUAAAAAAGAAAGUGCCUUUUUUGUAUUGAAAAGAGUUGUUAUAUUCCAAUUGAUCUAAAAUACGUGCUAAGAACAUGUGCAUAAAAUGGAUUUAAAUUUUCGCACGUUUGACAGUAUCGGUCAAUAAGGUAGGAUGCGACUUUAGAAACCUAAUUAGGACCAACAUGCACGGUAUGAAUGAAAACCCAUCCUUGUGACAAGAACUAUUCAUAUGUAUUUUCUUAGAUAAAAAGCCGCGAGAAGUGAAAGUUUUUAAAUUAAACAAAUGUUUUCAUAGUAAUUUUCCAUAUGUCCGUUUGUUAACUAUAAAAUUCUUAAAUAUUUGUUUAUAAAACUCUUCAUAAAUAAAUAGAACAUCCUAGAACGCGGAAAUAUA